AUGCAAGUAUCAUCACAGAGAAGAGUUAAUAGGGCCCAGUGUUCUAACUGUACUUGUUCUCCAGGAUUAUUAUCGCGUACCAAUAAACGGUCAUCAUGGUUUGCUAAACAGAUUAAUUUGAAGAGAAAUCCCCAAGGUUCAUCACUUUCGAGGUCAGGCUCACGUAAAGGAUCAGUUUUCACCAUUAACGCUGCUUCGUUAUGUUUGCCUGAUACUCAAGAAGUGAAUACCUCGCAAAGAUUAGCUAAGUUGAGACAAGUUAUGGCUGAAUACAAUUUAGGGAUUUACAUUGUACCAAGUGAAGACCAACACCAAUCGGAAUAUGUAUCAGCUUUUGAUCAGAAAAGAUCAUUUAUAUCUGGAUUCCAAGGGUCAGCUGGGGUUGCUAUUAUUACUAGAGAUGUUACCUCGAUGAAUGAAACCCCCGAUGGAUUAGCUGCAUUGUCAACUGAUGGACGUUAUUUUAAUCAGGCCACUAAUGAAUUAGAUUUUAAUUGGACAUUAUUGAAACAAGGUGGCGGGAAUAUUAGCUGGGAAGAUUGGACUAUUAAACAAGCAAUUCAAUUAUCAUUGGAUUCCGGUAGUAAGAUUAAUAUUGGGGUUGAUCCAAAAUUAAUAAAUUAUCAAUUAUAUGAAAAGAUUAAUUUCAAAGUAAAUGAAUCAUUAAAACGUAAUCCCAAAGCAGAAAUUGAACUAGUUGCCAUUAAAGAUAAUUUAAUUGAAAAAAUCUGGGGAGAAUUUGAAGAAAUUCCAAUUAAAAAUUUUGAUAAAUCAAUUUCGUUAUUAAAUAACGAAUUUACUGGAGAAACGGUUAAAUCUAAAUUAGAAAGAAUAAUAAAUUAUAUUAAAAAUGAUAUUUCCAGUAAUGGACUUAUUAUAAGUUCCCUUGAUGAAAUUGCUUGGUUAUUAAAUUUAAGAGGUUGUGAUAUUGAAUAUAAUCCAGUUUUUUAUAGUUAUUUAAUAAUAACUGAUGAAGGAGAAAUUAAUUUCUUCGUUGAUAAAACCAGGUUUAGCGAUGUUAAAAUUGAACAAUAUUUAUUAUCAAACCAUAUUUCAAUUAAACCAUAUGAAGAGUUUUGGAUAAAUUUAAUUGAAAUCAGUAAAAAAUUUAAUUUAAUGAAUAAAAAAUUUUCGAUAAUUCCAAAUUCUAAUUCUUGGGAAAUUGUUAGAAAUUUAAAAUGUUCUUGGAUUCCAAAUUUAAGAUCUCCAAUUGAAGAUUUCAAAUCAAUUAAAAAUGAUGUUGAAUUGCAAGGUGCUCGUAAGGCUCAUCUUAAAGAUGGUAGAGCUUUAAUUAAAUUUUUCAGUUGGUUAGAAAAUGAAUUAAAUAACAAAAUUGAAUUAAUUGAUGAAUGUCAAGCAAAUGAUCAAUUAACUAAUUUUAGAAAAGAAGAAGAACAUUUCGUUGGUCUUUCUUUUGAAACCAUCAGUGCUACUGGUUCAAACGGUGCCAUUAUUCAUUAUAAGCCAAUUAGGGGCAAUUGUUCAAUUAUUGAUCCAAAUAAUAUUUAUCUUAAUGAUUCGGGUUCCCAAUUUUCAGAAGGUACUACGGAUAUUACAAGAACUUUCCAUUUUAAUAAACCAACUAAAGAUCAAUGUAAAAAUUAUACUUUGGUCUUGAAAGGUAAUAUUGCUUUAGCUAAUUUAAAGUUCCCAGAAAACACUACUGGUAAUUUAAUUGAUUCAAUUGCAAGACAACAUUUAUGGAAUUAUGGUUUAGAUUAUGGUCACGGUACUUCUCACGGUAUUGGUUCUUAUUUAAACGUUCAUGAAGGUCCAAUUGGUAUUGGCCCAAGACCAAAUGCAGCCACUUCUUUCUUAAAACCAGGCCAAAUAAUAUCAAAUGAACCCGGCUACUAUGAAGAUGACGAAUACGGUAUCAGAAUCGAAAACGUAAUGAUCAUUAAAAAGUCCGGUUAUAAAUACGCUGGUAAAAACUUUUUGGAAUUUGAAACUAUUACGAAAGUCCCCUUCUGUCAUAAUUUAAUUGACAAAUCUUUGCUAACCAGAGUGGAAAUCGAUUGGAUUAACAAUUACCAUAGUGAAAUUUGGAAUCUUUACCAACACGACUUCACUAAAAACAGCCUUGAAUAUAACUGGUUGAAAAGAGAAACUUCUCCUUUAUAA